GGCUGGGCGCAGGCCACGGCUGCCAGUCGGCGCCGCCCGCAGCCGGGAGCGCGGCUGGAGCGAGGCGCGGGCUGUGGGGCCGCCGCGAGCCCGGCCCCGCUUGCCCGUGCCCGCCCGCCAUGCCCGGCUUUGACUACAAGUUCUUGGAGAAGCCCAAGCGGCGGCUGCUGUGCCCGCUGUGCGGGAAGCCCAUGCGCGAGCCCGUGCAGGUUUCUACCUGCGGCCACCGCUUCUGCGACACCUGCCUGCAGGAGUUCCUCAGUGAAGGAGUCUUCAAGUGCCCUGAGGAUCAACUUCCUCUGGACUAUGCCAAGAUCUACCCAGACCCAGAGCUGGAGGUACAGGUACUGGGCCUGCCUAUCCGCUGCAUCCACAGUGAGGAGGGCUGCCGAUGGAGUGGGCCACUUCGCCACCUACAGGGCCACCUGAAUACCUGCAGCUUCAAUGUAGUCCCCUGCCCCAACCGCUGCCCCGCCAAGCUGAGCCGCCGUGAUCUGCCCGCACACCUGCAGCACGACUGCCCCAAGAGGCGACUCAAGUGCGAGUUCUGUGGCUGUGACUUCAGCGGGGAGGCCUUUGAGAGCCACGAAGGUGUGUGCCCGCAAGAGAGUGUGUACUGUGAGAACAAAUGCGGUGCCCGCAUGAUGCGGCGGCUCCUGGCCCAGCAUGCCACCUCUGAGUGCCCCAAGCGCACCCAGCCUUGCACUUACUGCACCAAGGAGUUUGUCUUUGACACCAUCCAGAGCCACCAGUACCAGUGCCCGAGGCUGCCUGUGCCAUGCCCCAACCAGUGUGGUGUGGGCACCAUGGCUCGGGAGGAUCUGCCGGGCCACCUCAAGGACAGCUGUAGCACUGCCCUGGUGCUGUGCCCAUUCAAAGACUCCGGCUGCAAGCACAGGUGCCCUAAGCUGGCAAUGGCACGGCACGUGGAGGAGAGCGUGAAGCCACAUCUGGCCAUGAUGUGUGCCCUGGUGAGCCGGCAACGGCAAGAGCUGCAGGAGCUGCGAAGAGAGCUGGAGGAGCUCUCCGUGGGCAGUGAUGGCGUGCUCAUCUGGAAGAUCGGCAGUUACGGGCGAAGGCUGCAGGAGGCCAAAGCCAAGCCCAACCUCGAGUGCUUCAGCCCCGCCUUCUACACGCAUAAGUAUGGCUACAAGCUGCAGGUGUCUGCAUUCCUCAAUGGCAAUGGCAGUGGUGAGGGUACACAUCUCUCGCUCUACAUUCGCGUGCUGCCAGGUGCCUUUGACAAUCUCCUUGAGUGGCCCUUUGCCCGCCGCGUCACCUUCUCCCUGCUGGAUCAGAGCGACCCUGGGCUGGCUAAGCCACAGCAUGUCACUGAGACCUUUCACCCUGACCCAAACUGGAAGAAUUUCCAAAAACCAGGCACUUGGCGGGGCUCCCUGGAUGAGAGUUCUCUGGGCUUUGGUUACCCCAAGUUCAUCUCCCACCAGGAUAUCCGCAAGCGAAACUAUGUGCGGGAUGAUGCAGUCUUCAUCCAUGCCUCUGUUGAAUUGCCCCGAAAGAUCCUCAGCUGAGAGCAGACCCAGCUAUAGGAAAAAGGGGGGUGGGAAAUGACCUCCAUCAGGCAGGCUGAGCCUGGAGAGGGGGCCGGACCCCCUUACAGCUGCUUCCGCUGCCUAGGUUCUGUUACCCUGUUCCCCCUCCCUCCUUCCCUACCACCCUCAGGUGCCUCCUUUUGGUGCUUCAGCCCUGGCCUCUGGGAAGAGCAGGUCUUAGGGUCAUCAAGGGCUUGGAAACAAGCGAUCCCGGGGCCUGUUGCCUAGGAUCAGGGCACACAUGCCUUGGUGCCGGCCACACUCUUCCAGGGACUGAGGUGCCUGCUGGUGCUAUGUCCCAAGAGCCAUAGGGGGGGAGGGGGAGUUGGGAAACUGAGGGGUAGUUAAAGAAUCUGUCUUGAGAUCUGAUGUCUCCUCUCCCCAGCUGUGUCCCCUCUGGUUAUUUAUUUACUUAGUGCCAGGAGGGCACAGCAGGGGAGCCCUGAUUUUUAAUAAAUCCUGACUUGUAUUUAUUACCUUGGUUCCAGCCUGACUCAUCUGGGUUGCUCAGGGCCCAAUUGUGAAGUCAAGGGACCAGUCAGGGACUGCAACAGCUCUGGCCCCAGGAUCCAGCUGCCCUGCUGCAUCGCCCUCUGGUGGAAGACAGAGGGACUGCACUAGGCUUUGUGUGGAGGACAGCUGCCUGCUGCUGCCCUCUAGUGGUUAGAGGAGGGAGGUGCAGGCUCUGGACGUUUUAUAAGGUUUAGUCUCUGAUCGAUACCCCACAAAGGACUAGUGCCUGUGCUCUAGGCAGGUCUUUCUUGGUCUAAUGAUAAUAGCUACCAUUUAUUGAGUACUUUUGAUGUGGCAGACACUGGUAAGCACUUUAUAUGCAUUAUUUAAUACAACAGUCAAGUGAAAUAGCUUUUAAUAAAAGGACCUAUCUUAGUGGGCUGUGGUGAAGACCAUGCAUGUUCCCAGUAAAAAUAGUCGGUCCUUUGUAUCUGUGGGUUCCACAUCCUCGAAUUCAAUCAACAGUGAAUUGGAGAUAUUUGGGAAUAGUUCCAGAAAGUUACAAAAAGCAAAAGGUUUUGGCCACUCAUGGGCAAAUCUACAUAGUAUUACAUUGUAUCAGGUAUUGUAAGUAAUCUAGAGAUUAAAGUAUACCAGAGAAUGUGUAUAGGUUACA